CGCAUAUUGAACAGUCGCCCAGAUAAUGCUCUGUUUUUUAUCCAUGGGGACUUGUAUUUCUAAUGUUUCUACUUCAGUUGGGUGGCUCAAGCUCUGCAUUUUACAAUCUGCAGGGUUUACUAUUGCUUGAUCAUCUCACCUGUACCUACUGGAAAGAUACUCCCGUUCUUUAACACCGGUCUAUCCUGCCGUCAAGUACUGCACGUCCGAAUAAUCCAACGGAAGAUCUGAUCCUUCAGGCUUCUCUAUUUCUGAGAAGCACUUUGUUCAUUUUGCUGUAUUCCAAGUGUCAUCUUCAUUCUAAAUGGAGAGCCAAUCAUGCCGGUGGAGCUAGGCAGCCAUAUUCCAUCUUGACUCGUCUGUCUGUUGUUUGCUCUGUUGCCAUUUGCUCUACUGUUGCUGGCUCUAUAUUGUUGUCUUAUAUCCUGGUCUCUGUCCCAGGGAGCAGUUCUAUUCAAUUUCCCGUGUAUAAUCCAUUUGAUGCAGUCAUGGAAGAUAUUCAGGGCAGAGAUACCGUGCCACGAGCACAUGCUCAAGAACGACCAUUGAGACUGAUGGAUCUACCCACGGAACUUCAUCUACACAUUGCAUCUUACCUCACAUACCCAGAUGCGCUAGCAUUGAAGCACACAUCUCGCCAUUUCUAUUAUCUCGUAUAUACCGGCGUCCAUUUGAAAGUGGACUGGCUCGUGGAACGCUUCGAACUGAAGCUCGAAUGUCCAAUGGAGAAAUGUUCGUUCAGAACCGACGAGUCCUUCUGUAACUGGAGGAUCAGAAGGAUCAUGGAGAGAAGAAGAAGGCAUCUCGAAUGUCGAAGAACAAAAGGAGGCUGUCUCGUCAUCGGAGGCAAGACGUGUCAAAUGGACCUCGUCCCAACCUGGCUGAAGACCAAACGCUGGAAGACGGUUUUGAGACAUUGCGAAAUAUGGGGUGCUGAAGUAUUGAUUAUAUGGCUCAUAUUCGUCGUUAUCAAUCUCCUUUGGGGUCUACUCUCAAGGUGUUUCCGUCCCAUGAAUUAUACGACAUUACCAUGCGAGAGCCAUUCGGAGGGACUCCACCCCUCCCUUGAUAAGACCUGA